AAUGAAAAGCUGCGUGGAAGAGCCGUGGUGUUGUUCCCAAGGCACGCGGGAAGCCGCCCCGAGUAGCGAUGGCUGCCGGCCGGGUGGGAGGCGGCGAGCCCUGCCCUGCCCUGCCGCCCCGGCUCCAGGCGCCGCCCCGGGCAGCCCCCGGUUCGCGGCCGCUCCUGCCAGGCCGGCGCUGGUCCCUUUAAGAAAGUGCAGCACAGUAGCAGGGGCCGGCCCUGCCUCCCGAAGCCUGCGGCGCUGGAGCGGGGCUGGGGAAUGGGAAGCAGUUCCUGAUCUGGGUCCGAGCGAGCGCACGCAGCCGCCGCCGCCGCCGCCCCCCUCCAGCUCCUCUCCCUCAGCAGCAUCCAGCGCGGGGAUCAGCGCUCUGCCUGGCUCCCUGACACGGGGUGGACGUUCCUGAGCCCUGAGCUCAGCUGCUGUAAAAAGCAAAUAGGAAAAUAUACAGCUGGAUAAAAUUGAACAUGAUCAGAAGAUAGCAUCAUACACCAUGAUCAUGGCACCCCGGAAGAGGAAUCGUCAUGCGUUGGGGUUUCUUUGUUGUUUUGGGGGUAGUGACCUCCCUGAAAUCAACCUCAAGGACAAUAACCCCCUCCAAUUCCUUGAGUUUUCUGUCCCAAUCCCACCAGCAGAAGAGCUCAAUGCCAGAUUCUCCGAACUUGUGGAUGAAUUGGAUCUCACAGACAAGAACAGAGAGGCUAUGUUUGCACUCCCUCCAGAGAAGAAAUGGCAGAUUUACUGCAGCAAAAAGAAGGAACAAGAAGAUCCUAAUAAGCUUGCUACCAGCUGGCCAGAUUACUACAUUGACCGCAUCAAUUCCAUGGCAGCGAUGCAGACUCUGUAUGCUUUCGAUGAAGAAGAAACAGAAAUGAAAAAUAAAAUAGUUGAAGACUUGAAGACAGCUCUGCGGACUCAGCCCAUGAGGUUUGUGACCAGGUUUAUUGAGCUGGAUGGCCUGAGCUGUUUGCUGAACUUCCUGAAGAGCAUGGACUAUGAGACCUCAGAGAGCCGUAUACACACAUCCGUUAUAGGGUGUAUCAAGGCACUGAUGAACAACUCCCAGGGACGGGCUCAUGUCCUGGCUCAUCCGGAGAGUAUCAACAUCAUCUCCCAGAGCUUACGGACUGAGAACAUUAAGACCAAGAUUGCUGUGCUGGAGAUCCUAGGGGCUGUCUGCUUGGUACCAGAUGGUCACAAGAAAGUCUUGCAAGCCAUGCUUCACUAUCAAGUCUAUGCUGCCGAAAGAACAAGAUUCCAGACAUUGUUGAAUGAGCUAGACCGAAGCAUGGGGCGAUACCGUGAUGAAGUAAAUCUCAAAACAGCCAUCAUGUCAUUUAUCAAUGCUGUUCUGAAUGCUGGUGCUGGUGAGGACAAUUUGGAGUUCCGAUUACACCUACGAUAUGAGUUUUUAAUGCUGGGAAUUCAGCCCGUCAUUGACAAGCUAAGAGGGCAUGAGAACGCCACACUGGACAGGCACUUAGAUUUCUUUGAGAUGGUCAGAAAUGAAGAUGACCUGGAACUUGCCAAGCGGUUUGACCUCAUCCACAUUGAUACAAAAAGUGCCUCUCAGAUGUUUGAAUUGAUCAAGAAGAGAUUGAAGCACACAGAUGCCUAUCCCUAUUUGUUAUCCAUCCUCCAGCACUGCUUGCAGAUGCCAUAUAAGAGGAAUGGAGGAAACUUCCAGCAGUGGCAGCUGUUGGACAGAAUACUCCAACAAAUUGUUCUUCAGGAUGAACGAGGAGAUGAUCCAGAUAUAGCUCCACUGGAAAACUUCAAUGUCAAAAAUAUCAUUAAAAUGCUGGUGAAUGAAAAUGAAGUCAAGCAGUGGAGGGACCAGGCAGAGAAGUUUAGGAAAGAUCAUGCUGAGCUGAUGAGCAGGCUAGAGAAGAAGGAGCGGGAAUGUGAGACAAAGACCCAGGAGAAAGAUGAAAUGAUGAAGACACUGAACAAAAUGAAGGACAAGCUGCAGAAGGAAUCCUUGGAGCUGCGCCAGACCCGGGACCAGAUGAACGACCUGGUGGCUCAACUUAAUGAGUUCUCGCAAGGGGGCAGCAUUUCCUUCCCACCCCCACCACCCCCACCUCCAGGUGGCCCGUUAGCUUUGUCCUCUUCUCACAUGUCUGAGAAUUUGCCCCCACUGCCACCUCCUCUGCCUUUCUCCAGCUGUCCCCCUCCUCCUGCUCCACCACCUCCACCAGGAGGACCUCCUCCCCCACCAGGAGCACCACCUUUCUUCAGCAUGGGGAUGCCACCCCCUUCAACAACCACUUUCAGCAGCAGCAGCACCAGCCUGAAGAAGAAAUCUAUCCCACAGCCUUCACACCCACUGAAAUCCUUCAACUGGGCUAAGCUGAGUGAGGAGAGGAUCCAUGGCACUAUCUGGAAUGAGAUUGAUGAUUUGAAGGCAUUCAAGGUGCUGGAUCUGGAAGAUUUUGAAAAGAUGUUCUCCGCAUAUCAGAGACACCAGGACCUGCUAACUAACCCCUCCUCCUGUAAGCAGAAAGAGAUGGGUUCAACAGAAGACCUUUACCUCUCCACACGAAAGGUGAAAGAGCUCUCUGUGAUUGACGGCCGGAGGGCCCAGAAUUGUGUCAUUCUCCUUUCCAAGCUGAAGCUGACUAAUGAAGAAAUCAGACAAGCAAUCUUGAAGAUGGAUGAACAAGAAGACCUAGCGAAAGAUAUGCUCGAGCAGCUGCUGAAGUUCGUUCCUGAAAAGAGUGAUACCGACCUGUUGGAGGAGCAUAAACACGAAAUUGAGCGCAUGGCCCGGGCGGAUCGUUUCCUCUUUGAAAUGAGCAGGAUUGACCACUAUCAGCAGCGACUGCAAGCAUUGUUCUUUAAGAAGAAGUUUCCAGAGAGACUGGCAGAAGCAAAACCAAAAGUGGAAGCCAUUCUUCUGGCAUCCAAAGAACUCAUCCGAAGCAAGCGUUUGAGGCAACUACUGGAGGUAGUUCUGGCCUUUGGGAAUUAUAUGAACAAGGGCCAAAGGGGAAGUGCAUAUGGCUUCAAAGUCUCCAGCCUGAACAAAAUUGCAGACACCAAAUCCAGCAUAGACAGGAAUAUUACACUGUUACACUACUUAAUUAUGAUCUUUGAAAAGAAUUAUCCAGAUAUCCUAGAUAUUCAGUCUGAGUUGCAGCAUCUUCCAGAAGCAGCAAAAGUCAACCUAGUAGAGCUGGAGAAGGAAGUCAACAACAUAAAGACCGGAUUGAAAGCUGUUGAAGCUGAACUGGAUUAUCAGAAGAGACGCAUACGGGAAUCAGGGGACAGGUUCGUUCCCGUCAUGAGCGAUUUCAUCACUGUGGCCAGUUUCAGCUUCUCGGAGUUAGAAGACCUUCUCAAUGAGGCUAGAGACAAGUAUGCCAAGGCACUGAAGCAUUUUGGAGAGAGUGAGGGCAAGAUGCAGCCAGAUGAAUUUUUUGGCAUCUUCGACACUUUCUUACAGUCGUUUGCAGAGGCCAAGCAAGAUCUGGAGAAUAUGAGGAAGAAAAAAGAAGAGGAGGAGCGCAGGGCACGCAUGGAGGCAAUGCUAAAAGAGCAGAGGGAAAAAGAGAGGCGACAAAAGAAAGCAAAAGCUGGAAGCAUCUCUGAAGAGAGUGGGGAGUUUGAUGACCUGGUGUCAGCAUUAAGGUCGGGUGAAGUCUUUGACAAAGACAUAUCCAAGCUCAAGCGUAACCGCAAGCGUUCGGGGAACCAAGGCCUAGAGACAAGCCGGGAGCGGGUGGUGACAAAGCUAAAUUAUUAAUUACAAGAGGAAGAAAAAUAAUAAACCAAAAGAAGGUGAUGAAAAAGUGCAAAACAAGGAAGAAGAAUGUGUGCGAUGGCGCCUUUCUGACAGCUGCUCCAAAGGAUUUCUUUGGUCUGUGGCUAGAGACGUAGAGAUGUUACCUUUCCAUGAUCAGCUUUCCUUUCAUCCCUCUUCUGUGCUCCUAAUUUGAACCAUUAUAAAAGUGCCUCUGAGGAGCCAGCAGGGUCUGCGACUGGGCCAUGCAGAGCUGACAGAUUUGCUUCUGGGAGUUUGUUGUGUCAUCAAAGGCCUCAUGGUGAUGACAGAACGUACUUGGGCCUUGCAGACUGCCUCACUGCUGGAGAAAGAUAAUUUUCUGUGUGCCAAAGUAAAAACUAGUCACACUCUCCAUCUUGCUGAUAAUAAGCAAGACUAAUUUCAGAGCAGCUCUGUAAGAACCUGUUGCUUCUUCAAGAUCUAGACUGGCCUCCAGGAGCUUGCCAAGAUGCGGUUCUCGAGGUUUCCAAUUCCCUUCCAGAAUUGGAUUUUAUAAGCCAUUGAUUAGCACCUGGAAAAUGCUUUUGAUCUCGUGUUCUGUAUAGUAUUUUUGUGUGGCCUACACUGUCCAAAGCAAUUAAUGCUUAGAUGGAAGCAUCAGGUACUGGAACAAAUUGAAAUUCAAGAAUCAGGAUCAACAUAAAAUACUUUGCAAAAGUCUUUCGGAUUCUGCUUUUCUAGAAGGAGUGUUCUGGAACUUGUUGACGGUUGAGCCUCGAAGUUAUGAAAUGCAUCUUCUAGGAAAGAAGCUGUGGCUUUUCUUUAGAAAACUAAGCCACUGCCAGGGUGGGAUUACAAGUAGAUGAAUGUGGAGCCUGUUGUCAUUGCUGGAGGGUGGGUGGGAAACAGCAGAAUGUUUCUUACCUGUUUGCGCAAGAUUUCUUAGCACAGCCCAAUAGAAAUCAGGAGCUCCCUCGUAUCAUCCACAAGUCACAAGUAGCAAAAAGCAAAUGGGGUCACUGGCUGCAAGAAAUGAGGUUUCUCUUCCACUUGAUGCUAUACUAGCUGUGAUUGCUGUUGUCAUGGACUGAUCUUUCUAACAGGCUGACCUUCACUGCACACCCCGCACUCCUGCCUAGGGGAGUCACAUAACUCAGUAGGAUAUGGAUGGUGUUGAAGGAGAGCCUUAGAGCCCACAGCCUUUUUGAAGGGAUCACUUGGGAUGAACCAACAGAGGGACCCAUAAUGAAAAGUGAGAAUUUUUCCAGGAGGACACGGAAUUAUGUAAGCCAAGUGGGCUUUGGAGAUGGGAUAAUUAAUAAGAAAAAAAAUUGUAUUUAAGCUACAUGUAUGAAGCACACAGACAAAAAGCAAAGAAUCCCAGGAAGAGGCCUGAAUUCUGAAUUCUGUGUGUCUUCAUGGCUCUAAGACAAGGAUUGGAUUGUGUAGGCUGUCAUGGGCUUUUUUUAAAAAAAAAAAAAUAUCUUGUCUUCCUUUUUUAUUAUCUUCCCUGGAGAAGAAAAAGGAGAAAAGAAAGAAAUGGUGAUGGAUUCUUCCUCCUAGAUGGGAAGAAAAGAGAGAACACUUGAGAAGAGGGACCCACCAUCUACAAACUAUGCAUCAAGAGUCAACAGCACAAAAUGUCAAGGAAUCCCAGGGAAGUGAAAAAAUCUCUAUUUGUCACUUUAAUAAUUUGGUUCGAUUUUUCUCUGAAUGUCACUCAACCUCAGGCUCUGCACCAGGUCUGCAGAACAGAACUUCCUCUGCCAUGCACGCUGCCUGAUCAGUAUUACACACUACCAAUAUUGGAGAAGCAAACUGUGGUGGUUUUCUGAACAUUUUGAGAGUAAAAUAAUUAUGUAAACUAUGGAAAGAAGCAAAAAAGUCAGCAUUGUUUAAUGUUUCAUUGUUUACUUAAUUUUAAGUCUCCCACCCCACUAUUUCCCUAUUUACAACAUUCCAGACUGACGCGCCUCUGUAUAAUACUCAUCGUAAAGAGCUGGUAUCUUACAAGAGCUGGGUGCAUUCUCCUCCCUUACCAUCCCACUCCCCUUCUGGGAUUAGCUAUUAACAGCAAUGGCCGUUGCAGUGGACACAAGCACCUUGUAGAACAAAGACUGUAUUUCAUAAAGGUUUUUGAAAGUUUAAGAAAAACUCUCACUUUUUUAAGCAUUUUUAUUUUAAAUGACAAAGUGGAUUUUUAGAAAUGUCUCUUGUAAAUUAUAUUAACAAGCUCCUUGCUGCUCCCUGAAGUAGACAUGCUAUAUCCCAGCCCUUUUGUUUGACUUGGUUUAAAGCAUGCCAUAUAACCUAUGCCAUGUAAGUCGUAUGAGAGGUGGUAAUACGUGCCAAAUUGGUAUACAGUGGAGUUUAGAUGUGGAUAAUCCCUGAAUUCCAAAGAUGAUGCUUUUAGGGAUUAGAACACUGUAGGUUUUUCCCUCUCUUUGUUCCCCCUGGGUUUAGGACUCACCCAGAAAUUCAGGUGUAGUGCCAAGGUCAGCCAUGGUGCAGGACGAUGCGACUCAUGGCUCUGUCCAAUUUACGGCUGCUUGCUUGCUCCCCAGGUACUUGUUUGAUAAGGCAGACUGUCAGCAUGGCAGUGCUGUCAGGGAAGAAACACCUCAGGGCAAAACCCUUGAAUAUACAUACAGCAUUCCCCCCCGCCCCAGUAUUUGUCAAACCAGGUUUAUGCUGUGCUUGAAACUGAAGUCACUUUGCCAGGCCACAAAUGUAGCAAAAGCAGAGAGAGUGAUAAGCCCUCUGUCCAUUUUUGUACACAGUUCAACCCCAAUUUAAAGAGGUCCUAUAAAAUGGUACGUGGUGCUUCGGCCACACUGACAGAGUUAAAGAAAGCUGCUGUAGUUUUGCCACCUCCUUGACUCAUACAGAAAUAAUGAGAGAUUGUGCAACUCCUAUAAAUCAGCUGUGGGAUACUUAUUACUGGGAUGGACAGAAAGCUCAGAGUCGUGGCCCUGAUUCACUGCAGCUCAACUUUCUCAGCACUCCAGUGCCCCAAACACUUGUUUUGAAUCUGUGAUGGUGGCUGAAGGCUUUGUUCAGCAUGCUGGACAGUCCCCCCUGGCUCUAGACUCCAUGGUGAAUGUUCAUAAAGAGGGUUUUGGAAAAGCUCAGUUACACACUGAGGCAAGCAGUGACUUCAUAUAAGUGGUGAGAAGCAGAGAGGUCCAUUAAUAGAUCUACUGUAUAAGAUGAGGCUGUCACAUAGAAGAUAAGGAAAAAUGUUGGCUCUGCUCUAGGAUGUGAUGUCAGAUUCUUGCUGAAGCCAAGUUUGUCCUUGUUUGUCAUCACUUGAGUGCAGUUGUGGUAGAGUUGCUGAACAUUGAAGGAGAAAGGAAAAUCUUAUUCCUUGUCCUUUAGUGCUAUCAGAGCAGGAGCAGGUAUAGCAAGCAUUCAUGAGGUAUAACAUUGAGGCAUAACCUCUUUAUCACACUGAGAGCUGGAGAAGAGCUAGGGUCUGCUGUUGUCCUUGCACCUGUGCCUAGCACCAGCAUUUUAAGUGAAAUCACUGUCUUUGGAAAUAAGUGGAGGAGGGGGAGAUGUGAGAAAGAGGCUUGUUCUACUUCCUGCAGAAAUGUACAGUCAUUGCUAACUUUAGGUGAAGUUCUUCACACCUAGAAGAGGAGGUACUUUCUAACUCUCCAGACCUUGUCCCUAGAGGUCUAGUGCUCACUCACUUACCUGACUCUGCAUUGUUUAUAAGCAGGUUGCAUUAGGAUGACCCCAGAAGAGACUGAAGAACUCCCUCCCUUUCCCAAUCCCUUUGGUCUGUGUCACUCUUCUCAGUUGGUCAUAAGUCUCUGGAAGUGCUACAAGGUAAAGUGACUUCAGGGCAGCGUGGCCCUUCCAUGCCCUGCAGCACAGCAUUCAUCCAAGCACCGGUUCCCUACAAGAGCUGAAGUAGGACUAGUGUUCGGGGGUGAGAGACUCCCCACUAGGGAGGUGACCCGGGUGUCCUUCAGAAGCAUUUCUGUAAUGUGUUCACAAUGUCUGAGGAAGGAAAAGGAAUUGUGAGGGGCCCUGGUGGGAGACUGUGGGGCAGGUGUUUCUGGGAUGGUUAGCCCCACUGGCUGAAUCUUUCCUCUUCUUUUGGAAAGCUCACACUCUGAGCUGGGUUGCAUGGGAGAAGUUUGAGUCAGGAGUUUCCGUGAGGGGAAAGGAGAUCAGUUGUACAGUUGAUGAUGUAUAUGAUAUAUGCAGUUUCGUUUCUGGGUUGGUUGUUUGGGGCUUUUUUUGUUUGUUUGUUUGUCUGUUUGUUUGGGGGUUAAAUGAUUUUAAAAAAAAAGGUUUUAGGAAUCUCUAAGGAGAACCUGUAAAUCUGACACCUCUAUUUAUUUUGCCUUAUUUUAGUUUGCUAUGUUUGUAUGUAUACACUGCAUUACAGCAAAGACUAUUGAGACCGUGCCAGGGCAUUACACCGGCUAGACAUCUGGCUUGGCUAUUGUGCAGCAAGCUGAGGUAGUCAAGGAGAUGUGUGUGAGCAGUCUUGGUGUGGGAGGGGAGGGAAGAAAUAAAACUUGCCUUUUGCUUUUGUCAUAGCUACUCUGGUCCUGUGAAAGCAUUCAUUUUAAAGCAUGUGGUAAACUGAUGAAGGUUGGUUAUUUUAGAACACUUUCUAUAAAACCUGCAGUGGGAAGAUUGAGAAGAGUUAAGCUGCACAGUUGCUUGCUCAAACUUCACUCUUCCACACACAUUCUGGCUACAAUGGCAGAGAAUUAGAUAGAUGGGCAAAAGUAGUUCAUGCCUUGUAACUUCUCACCAGAGUAAACAUGCUGGUGGGACAAACUGGGACAGUUCUCCUUCCUCAGAGCUAAUACUCCUUCCUAUCUUCAAGGCCAAGGAAGAAGGAUUUCCCCUAAUUCCCCUUCCUCCUCCUCCAUCCUACCUCCCCAGAUUAUCCAGGGUAAACAAAAUUUUUCUCCUGGUUGGUUUUCUACCCAUGGAGUCUCUAGCAAUCACCAGGUGUUUGGCCAUGGCUCCUUGGCUUCUGUACUUGACAUAGGAGAUUUCUGGUUGCCUACCAUUCAAAUGAGUAGCCUCCACUGGCCACCUUAGCUUCUGUCAUGAAAGGUGGAAAAGGCCAACCUGGGUAACACAAUUUCGCCAACUGAAAAGAUGGAAUUUCUAGAUCUCUAUGUAUAUAUAAAACUAUCUACUACUCUAAGUAGUAGUUUUGAUGACCAGAGUCCCCUGAAGUUGGCCAGAUUUUGCUCACUGUGCCUGCUGGGAAGGAUGCCAUUAGUCUAGCAUGGUGUUUUGGCACCUCAUUUCGUAAGAGAGUCUGGAUCCUUAAUAGAUCAUAGAAUCAUAGAAUGGUUUGGGUUGGAAUGAACCUGAAAGACCAUCUAGUUCCAAUCCCCCUUCCAUGGGCCGGAACACCUUCCACUAGACUAGGUUGCUCAAAGCCCUAUCCAACCUGGCCUUGAACACUUCCAGGGAUGGGGUGUUCACAACUUCUCUGGGCAGCCUGUUCCAGUGCCUCACCACCCUCAUAGUGAAGAAUUUCUUCCUUAUAUCUAAUCUAAAUCUACCCACUUUCAGUUUAAAGCCAUUACUCCUUGUCCUAUCAGUACAUGCCCUUGUAGAAAGUCCCUCUCCAGCUUUCUUGUAGGCCCCCUUCAGGUACUGGAAGGCUGCUAUAAGGUCUCUCUGGAGCCUUCUCUUCUCCAGGCCUAUCUCAGGAGAGGUGCUCCAGGCCUCAGAUUAUCUUUGUGGCCCUCUUCUGGACUCAAUCCAACAGGUCCAUGUCCUCCUUCUGUAGGGGGCCCCAGACCUGAAUGCAGUACUCCAGGUGGGGUCUCCACUCUAAUGAGUGGAGUAGCGGGGAAAAAUUACCUCGCUUAACCUGCUGGUCACGUUUCUUUUGGUGCAGCCAAGGAUACCUUGGCUUUCUAGGCUGUAAGCGCAUGUUGUUGGGUCAUCAACCAAUACCCCCAAGUCCUUCUCCUCAGGGCUGCUCUCAAUCCAUUCUCUGACCAGCCUGUAUUCAUGCUUAGGAUUGCCCCAACCCAUGUGCAGGACCUUGCACUUGGCCUUGUUGAACUUCAUGAGGUUCGCACAGGACCACCUCUCAAGCCUGUCAAGGUCCCUCAGGAUGACAUCCCUUCCCUCCAGUGUGUUGACCACACCACACAAAUUGGUGUCAUUGGCAAACUUGCUGAGGGUGCACUCUAUCCCAUUAUCCAUGUCACCAACAAAGAUGUUAAAUAGCACCUGUCCCAAUACCAACCCCUGAGGAGCGCUACUCAUCACUGGUCUCCACUUGGAAAUCAAGAUGUUGACCACAACUCUCUGAGUGCGACCACCCAGCCAGUUCCUUAUCCACCGAGUGGUCCAUCUGUCAAAUCCAUGUCUCUCCAAUUUAGAGACAAGGACAUCUUGUGGGACAGUGUCAAACACUUUGCACAAGUCCAGGUAGAUGAUGUCAGUUGUUUUUCCCUUAUCCACCAAUGCUGUAGCCCUGUUGUAGAAGGCCACUAAAUUUGUCAGGCACUAUUUGCCCUUAGUGAAGCCCUGUUGGCUGUCACCAACCAGAUCUUCCAAACCAGAAUCUUUUCUUACUGGUGAUAGUGUAGAAUAGAAUAGGUAGUGUAUAAUACAAGUUGCUCUGGGUUUACACCAGUGUAAUUCAAAGCAGCAUCUGGAUCAAAACUCCCCCUUAGGUAGUUCUGGCUGUUUACAAGAUGUUCCACAGGGCUCAUGAAGGGCUUGGUCCUUUCAGCUGUCCACCACUAAGAGCUCUCACCCAAGUGAUCUAGAAAAGCCUUUAUGACAAGCCAUUUCCUGCCCUUCAUGCUUGCCCUUAAAGAGGCUCCUUAAAAACCUUUGCCACUUUUAGGAGAAUUGUAAAGGGAUGUCAGGUACCUGAGCCACUCUGUGCUUAACAACUCCCCUUCAAACCAUCCCCAUCUUCAGCCAUUCUCCUCCCCUGCAAGCCUGCUCAGCUUGAAAGUCACAGGUCACUUUGGGAGGUGCCCCUGCCCCCGAGGCUGGAAAGUACAGUGCUGCUUACUGAAGUGGGAGGUUGUGUGCUGCUGUAAUGCCUUGGCGUAUCCUCAUUUCUUAGUCAGUUUAAGACUUUAAGUGAAUUAAAUGUACAAAUCCUAUAGUGUCCUUUUUAUCUGUAUCUUUUUAUAAGAAUAUACUGUAAUACUAAAAAAAGCAAAAAAAAUUAAAGAUAUAUUG